AUGGGUAGGAAGGCUUUAGCAAUAUUUCGUCUACUAUCGUACUUACAAUCAUUUUUAACUACAAUUUGUUUAUGAAUUACAUAGUAUAAACACUACUUUCUUCAGACGAUAUUGAAGUAGAAUCCUCAAACAAUCCUCGUCUAAGAUCCUUUGCCAACUGGGCCCAAGAUAGUUGGAAUGGCAAGGAUACAUUUGAAGUCGACUUGUACACAAUUGAUGAUAAUCUACUAAUAGGCAAUCUUACACUCGGAUCUCCACCCACAACUGUCCGUGUAACUUUUGAUACAACUACCUUCACCACUUGGGUAACAGGGUAUCAUUGUGUUUACAAUAAUGGAGUAACGUGCUUUGCCCAGAUGCACAAGUACGACCCUACCUUGUCCUAUACAGCAAGGUACUUGAAUAGAACAAUGGAGCUAGAUUACGGAGAUGCUACGGCCAAAGGGGAAUAUGUCCAAGAGCUGAUGGUGGUAUGUUUUUAGUUGCGAUGGAAAGCUGGGUUACUUUUGAAUAUUAUCUUAUAAUUAUAGAAAACUGGAUUAGGUGGUACUGUUUUCGUAUCACCAUUUAUGUUAUAAAACAGUAAAUAACAUUUAUUUAACAGUUAAUAUUAUUUUAGUUUGGCAACGAAAUGUCAUCGUCGUUUCCCAUGUUUUGUAAUAUUGGUGUCGCCAACCGGUUGGACACAUUUUUCAGAGUAGGUUUAAUUUAUCUGUUUUACAUAUUUAGUCUCAUACUAAUAUUAUGAAAAUAUGUUCCUAACUUAAUAUGUUGGUCAUCCACAACACUUUAACUUACAAUAAUUAAUCUUAGGACGUGUUAGCAGAUGGUGUUGUUGGCUUGGCCCUGCCAUUUAACAAUCAAACCGGCUUCAUUCAGUUUUUGCCAUGCUCAGAUAUUCAGACAACCGGUGUUUACAGUAUGGUUGAACUCAGUACUAAACACGCCAAUUGAUAUUGUAGCAGGUACCAUAACUUUUGGAAGAAUCGAUAAGAGACAUUGUACUAAAGUGUUCGGCGUGGCUAAAGUUGGAGGACAACCAUUGUGGGGAGUGAAAGUAUGUUUACAGUGAAUGUAUUAAAAUAUAAAUAGUCAAUUAUUUUUAAGGUCAAUUUGCAUUAAUCAAUUAGAUUUGUGUUAUAAAAGAAAAUGUUUAUAAUAACAUUCAAUAUAGAUCAGAAACGUCACCUUAAACGGCUACUUCAUUCAAAGAAACAUAAAUGCCAUAUUAGACAUGAGUAGUUCCCACAUUUUUGCGCCUUCUGAAGCCAUGGUGAAGAUCAGAAAAGUGUUAAAAACAAAUGAUACUCAAAGAAUACCGUGCAAAACGUACUUGAAGAUGAUAUUGCACGUUAAUCACACUGAGUUAGUAAUGAAGAACGGCAAUCUAAUGUCAGUAGAAGACAAGAAGAAAUACUGUUCUUUAGACGUGAGAGAAAGUGUGUACGAUCAAGACGUCUGGAUUCUGGGAGCUGUGUUUUUCAGAAGAUUCUGCGUGGUUCACAACUACUUGAGUCAUUUGGUUGGGUUUGCAGAUCACUUGGAAUAG